AUGUUUGAUCUUCCCUUAUCUUGGAACUCGAUAUUUAUCCCCUUUGUUAACCCUCGCAAAGUUAUUUACGGAUAUCAGUGUGACUUCAAUAAUAAAGCAUAUAGCAUUUAUAUCACAGACUUUAAGAACGUAUGGUUAGAAAGACUAUCCAAACAAGAUAUUAUCGAUAAGGCAAAUAGUUAUGGGAUCGAAGAUACAGAGGAUGAAAAGCUCCAUUAUCUACUUGAGGUAUUAAGGAAUGGAGUUGAAUGUGGAGAUGUUGAUAAAACUUUGCUGUUCUCGAUUACGAAGAUAAACAGAACUAUGUCGGAUAAUGAGAACACCAUACAAGCUAAGUUUACUGGGGAGAUAGACUGGGACUUUUCUGUAGUGAAACAGUCACCAUCUAAUGCAAUUGACGUUAUAUCUCAAAUCAAUUUUCAACAGUUUGAAAAUCAUAAUUAUCUCAAUUAUAAGGUUGAGCAAUUAGAAAGGCUCAUUAAUAUAAAAGAUCACUAUAUCGUUUAUUUGUCUGAGAACUACAAGGCCAUCAAUGGCGAUGAACUAAUCAAAAAGUACAGGAAAAACAAUAAAGCGGAUGCCAAAUAUUUACAUAAAUAUGAUAGAAAAUUGUGGAGUCGAAAGACAGAGAAUUCCUAUAUGGAUGUGGUAAAAAAAGAGCAAAAUUCUAAUGAAAAUUGGUAUGACAAAGUAUGGCUAAGCAUAGAGAAGUCUAUUAACGAUAAAAGAGCUUGGAUUUUCUCCAAGACUUUCGCAGCAGAUACUUCAAAUGAACCAAUACAUAUAAAACAAGAGACAGAUGAGUCAUUAGAGCUGUCAGAUGACAAGCCCACGCCAGUUAUCAAGAAAGAAAGUAGUGACAUUUCUCCUAAGAAGCGGCCUGUGGUGAGGAAAAUUGGAAUUAUUGGCCCUAGAAAACGAAAACUAGAGAGUUCAACAAAUAAUGCCCAGACUGUAUCUGUAAAUGACGAUGCGAAUAAAAGACUGACUAUAAUAAAGGAAGAAUGA